UCUUACUUAUCUGCUUACGAGAAUAUCUAAGACCUCCUAUUGUGGAAUACCUAAUGUAGAAGUGACGCCAAACUCAAGUACUGUUUCUAAAAGGGGCGGUCUUAUCCUCAAACACAGUAAGCUCACAAAGAGAUGUUCCACUCAGGAAUUGUGUAUGGCUUUCCAUAACUGAGGACAGGUAGGGUGACAAGGUGACAAUAUAUCUACAAGAACUACGUUUUCGUCAGCAACUUUCAUUAAUACUUCUCACUUACCGAUCUCGUUUCUCAGAAAACGGAAAUGCAUUUAAGACUUUUUACCGUAGUCCUAUUGCUGACUGGUGUUGGAUCAGGUUGUUGCACUUGCUUCAACGCCUCUUCUGUUGUGGCGUUAGAUGCGCAUAUUGAACGUUACGUAUAUCGUAAACUAGGGUCACCGUCUCUCUAUUCCUGUGCAUCGGCAUGUCUCAUGUCUUCAGUCUGCAUGUCCUUCAACUUUGAGACCAAAACUCGCAUCUGUGAACUCAACAGCAACAGCAGUGACCAAGUGGCCGUCACAACGCAGCCAGGAUUUCUCUUCAGUGACAUCAACCACUGGCCUAAGUCACUCGCUGGCGCCUGCUCGGAGAAACCUUGUCCAAUGUCCAGAUGUUAUCUAGAUCGACUGGGUCGGGCAUCAUGUGAGGCAGAGUUUCAAGGCUGUGCGGCACCACCUGCUGUUGCCAAUGCUGAGAUGCAUUAUGACGGAGUGUACGAAGGAGCAGUUGCAGUGUACACUUGCAAGGACAACUUCAAAAUGUGCACGGAUAGAAACAGCAGAGUCUGUCAGUUGACAGGAAAUUGGAACGGUUAUGUCGGCCCGUGCGCACAGUACAGUUGGGACAACCCGGUGAUGAACUCCCUCAUGGUCGUGCCUUGUGGGAAUUCAAGGAGCUUCAAAGUCUCAAUGAACAUCACUCCAACGACCGUUAAUCGUCUGAAUAUGGAUUUUUUCGGAGGAGAGAAUCGUCUGUACCAUAUUUCCUUCCGACUGGAUCAGAACAAGUUAGUAUUCAACUCACACUUCUCCGGUGUGUGGGGAAUAGAGAUUAGGCUAACGCCGGUCCCAUUGGCAAUUGGUACCGAGUCUCUGGUGGAGAUACGACUGGAUCAAGGCAUGUACAUGCUAGCUAUAGAUGGAUCAAGCAUACAUAACUUCACAGACCGAAACCCGAAUGCGAUUCCGGAAAACAUCUUGUUCGAGGGAGACGCAAUCGUCACAGCACUGUACAUCACCAUGUAACGUUGUUGUCAUGAUCAACUGACUCUCGGUAACAAAGCCUGCAAAACGAAAACAUCCCACAGCAAAGCUAAACAGUUUCUGGACAUACAAAGCAAUGUGAACAUUGUAUCAUUGUGCGCAGUCAGCGGAGUAUCAGACGUUUCUUUCCAAACCAUGGGUGACACAUUUGGUGGUCACUCGGCUUCUGUACUACUCAUGUCGCUUUUAGAUGACAUUGCGGUUUCAAAAACGUAUAUUGUAUAACGUAUUCAAAAAAAAAAAAAUAUUUAGGGAUCUUAUAUUUGUGACACAAUGAAACCGUAUUGUAAACCAUGCACACUUGCUUGAUUAUCUUUUUGACGGUAUUAGUUGAUUUAAAAAGUGAAUAUCUGGUAUUUGCUGUGCUUUCUUUCCUCCUUUUUCGAGAGAAUGGAAGAAUCCGCAUGUUCUAUGUAUUGCCGAUAAUAUGUUCUUGUUGAUUAAUCUUUAUGAAAAUCACAACAAACGAUACCUCUGGAAUGUCAUAAGAGAUGGCGACACUUUUUGCAGUAGUUUGUACUGCCUCUGAAACGUCCCUUAUCCCAUCAUCGGGCUGUGGAUAGUCUUUUCCAUUUUAAAUGCUUAUGCAGGUGUUUCGAGAGAUGAGAGGCUAUUUGGCAUUUCAAAUCUGUCGUGAUCGUUCAGCACCUAACUGUCGUAUGGAAUACCCCUUGAGAACAGAGAGACAGCAUCGUCCGUUUCAUAUUUAGAUCCACAUUGUUUGUUCAAGGUUUUCAAAAUUCAAGCCCCCAGUAAAGCUUUCAAAAAAGUUUUUAUAGUAGACAAGUGGAGGACAUUUGACGCAUCAGUGACAACAGUUAUGUCCGAUGCAAUUUCCCAUUUUGACUCUGAUGCUCUUUUCAGAUGAACACUUGGUUUGGCUUUGCAUGUGUUUGUGAUGGUACCAUUGUUUUGACUCGACCUGUAACCUGUGAUGGGAUGUCGUCAGAUUUUUGUGUUGCAGUAGCGAUCACUAAGGCCUGAUUUUAAUAAGAUUGUUUCAGCCCAACCAUAAACUUUAGCUCUAUUCCACCAUGUACAACAAUGCUUGAACAUCCUUGUCUGCAGUGUUAGUUUUAAUUGUACAUUGCACAAUUAAAAGGAGUACACUUCAAGUAUAUGUGUAGUAUAUAUUGUGCUCUCUCUCUCUCUCUCUCUCUCUGUCUCUCUCGCAUGAUUUUAUUCCGAAUUCAAUUCCUCAAUAUCUCCAUGACUUCACGAAAUUAAAACUAACAGAAGCAGUCCACAUUCGCCGCCUUGAGCAAUCAGUCAACAGAGAUAAAGGCUAUUUCAUCCCAUCCGCCUACUAUGAACAUCCUUAUCUGCACCGUGUUAGUUUUAAUUGUACAUUUAUAAGAAGUUGAUUCCACAAUUAAAAGGAGUAGUACACUUCAAGUAUAAGUUUAGAUAUGCCUCUUGCACUGAGGGGUGGUAAUGAGCACAGGUCCUUAAGGAUUCUCUCACUUGCUUUCCAUUCCUUACACACUGGUAUUGUAUUUGCGAAAAAAGAACGUUUUUAUUGGUCUACAAUAACUUUCGCCAUCAAAUCCCUAAGGUCAACCAUACACUUUGUGGUCUGGACACAUAACACCAACCUCGCUCAUAAGUAAAAUAAAGAAGUUGUUAUCUA